GUACACGUACCAGUACUAGAUUUAACGGAGAAAACUGGUCACGUGCAUUGGCUCGUGUAAUGGCGUAAGAUUGUUGUAUGCAAACAAUGCGCGUGUGAAAUUGAUUUGGGUCAAAACGUUUUUAAUUCGUGAUUCUCAGUAAACUUGGUCAGAAGCGGAAGGUGAGAUGUCUCAGUACACACGAAAAGACCCUCCAUGGAGUCAUGUUGGAGUUCCAGGUGGUGGAUUAAAUCAAACUCUAAUGCAGCAGAACCAGUCUCUACUGGGUGCACAACCAGGCGUGGUCGGCACGCCUUCCACAGUGUACGGUCAGUCGAUGGUCAGCAACGCUGGCAUGGCUGCAGCAGCCGGAGCUACCACAGCCUACCCCACCCAGCAACAGCAGCAGCAGUCCAUGCAACAGAGACAGAACAUCGCCUUACAGCAGCAGCAAGCAGCAGCACAGAACGCUGCAGCAGCCGCAGCGGCAGCAGGCUCUCAGGGAGGUGCCACCCCUCAGCUAACGGUCAGCUACCCUACGACCAGGGCCACGCAGGGCGGACAGCCUAGACAGAGGGUCUUCACCGGGACGGUCACCAAGCUCCAUGAUACCUUUGGCUUUGUGGACGAAGACGUCUUCUUCCAAACAAACACGGUCAAGGGAACCAUGCCCAAGAUCGGUGAGCGGGUGUUGGUGGAAGCCACCUACAACGCCAGCAUGCCCUUCAAGUGGAACGCAACCCGUAUACAGCUCCUGAACAACCCUCUAGAGCAGCAGGUUCCUCAGGCACAGCCACAACAGCAGCAGCAGCAGCACCAUGCAGCCAUGAAGAUGCAACAAAUUAAGCAAAUGCAACAACAACAGCAGCAGCAACCAAGUCGCAUUGAGAGUGUUUCCCAGCAGUUCAAAAUGUUGAAGCAGAGUCAGCAGCCCCUCCUGAAAGCCCCUCAGGCAGGUAACAUGAUGCCCACCCACAGUCAGCCUCCUCCCCCAGGUCUACUGGGUAACCCGCCCCCUCUGCUCCAGCAGCCUCCCCCCGGAGUGGUCCAGCAAGCCCCCUUGCUUCAAGGGAACGCUCAGGCAAUGCAGAACCUAGCCGGAGCCUAUGCGCAUCAAGGAAGAACAAGUCAAAUGGGCCAGCAGCAGGCCAUGGGCCGACGUGACUUCAGCAGCAGCGGCAGCAGGGAGAGGGACAGAGACAGGGACCGCGAACGAGAGAGAGACCGUGCCCAGCGCGAGAGAGAUCGCGAGAGGGAGAGGGAGCACCGAGAGAGGGAACGUGAGCGGGAGAGGGAACGUCGAGAACGAGAGAGGGUGAGGGAGAGGGAGAAGUCUCCGGUCACUAAGCGGUCAAGGUCACCGCGCCGUUCCAAGUCACCUAGACGAUCGCCAAGGCGAACAAAGAGACUGGUACAGAGAUACUGUGUACAGAUCCCACGCUUUGCUCUAGACAUCCCCAAAUCGGAUGUGAUCGAGCUCCACAAGCGUUACAUGAACAUGUACAUCCCCAGCGACUUCUACAACGCCGACUUUGCCUGGCAGGACGUGUUUCCCAUCCACCGCCCCAUGAGCGUGGCCCAGCCCUGCACCUUGCACAUCAUGCACAAGGAAGCCCCUCCUCCGCAGGGCGCGGCCACCGUCAUCGACCCACCAGAUGCGAACUACUCCUACUGUGCCAAGGUGAUGCUGAUGACGUCAGUUUCUCAGGACGAACUUUACGAGAAGUGCUGCGCCCGGGCGCAAGACUCCUCCGACAUCAGGGAGAACUUUCAACACCCUACCCGCCUCAUCAACUUCCUGGUUGGUCAGAAGGGCAAGAACGAGGUAAUGGCCAUCGGAGGGCCCUGGUCACCUUCUCUGGACGGCGCUGACCCUGUCAAUGACACAUCCGUGCUCAUCAAGACGGCCAUUAGGACGACCAAAGCGCUGGCUGGAAUCGACCUGACGGCCUGUACACAAUGGUACCGUUUCCUGGAGCUGAGCUACUACCGCCCCGAAGAGAUUCACAAAGGCCGAGUCAUCCCGGCGCGUGUCGAAACUGUCGUAAUUUUCGUGCCUGACGUGUGGCACAUUUUACCCACGAAGGUUGAAUGGGAGAGUCUGGCGGAUCUCUACAGAAAGACGCUGAGCAACAAAUUGGCAGCAGUGGACAGCAGGGAUAAGAAAACAGAGGACCCCACCCCAACCCAGGAGGAGCCUGCUGCUGUCAAGGAGGAAGAGGAAGAGGAGGUGGAAGAGCAGGAGCAUCAGACCCCAACCAACUGGAAGGAGCUGGAUCCUAAGAACAUGAAGGUGAAUGAGCUUCGCCAGGAGCUGGAAAUACGCGGCCUGAACUCCAAGGGUCUCAAGUCCCAGCUCAUCGCUCGCCUCACCAAGAUGCUCAAGACUGAGCAGGAGAUGGAGGAUGCGGAACCAGCUGCCAUGGAAACGGACGCGGCAACGGAGAAUGCAUCUAAGGAGGAGCCCAAGGAUGCCCCGAAGGAGGAGGAGGUUUCGGAGAAGGACAAGGAGAAAGAGAAGAAAGACAAAGAAGAGAAGGAGAAGAAGGACAAAGAGGAUGAGAAGAAAAAGGAGAUUGUUGAGGAGGAGAAGAAGCGCCAGCGAGAGCGAGAAAAGCGUGACCUGGAGUCCCGCUACACCAUGCCCGAUGGGCCGGUCAUCUUGGUCCACCCGUCGCCCAUCGCUAAGAGUGGCAAGUUUGACUGCACCCAGCAGUCUCUCAGUGUUCUGCUAGACUACCGAGUGGAAGACAACAAGGAACACUCCUUUGAGGUGUUCCUCUUUGCAGAGCUGUUCAAUGAGAUGCUACAGAGAGACUUUGCCUUCAACAUGUACAAAGCCAUAUUCAGAGCUCCUGAGAAGAAAGAGGAGAAAAAAGAUGAAAAGAAGAAAGACAAGAAAGACGAGAAGGAAAAGAAAGAUGAGAAGAAGGAUGAACGAAAGGACGACAAAGAUGAAAAGAAGGAGGACAAGAAAGAGGAGGAACCUAAAGCAAAGAGACGCAAGACGGAGGAGAAGGACGCAGACAAAGAAGAAAGUAAAGACAAGGAUGAAGAGCGGAAAGAUGAGGAUAUCAAGGAGGAGGAUAAAGAUGGAGAAGAGGAGGAGAAUGACGGAAGGAGUAACGAAGAUGAUGCUGACGAUGAUGACAAGAAGAAGGGUGAUAAGAAGAGCAAGGACGACAAAACCAAACCUCGGAUUAAGAUGGAGACCCUGGACCCUCACCUUCUUCUCUCCUGCAUCUACUUUGAUCAGAAUCAUUGUGGUUACAUCCUGGAAAGGGACUUGGAGGAAAUCCUAUACACCAUCGGUGUUCAUCUAUCAAGGGCCCAGGUUCGCAAGCUCCUGCAGAAGGUGGUUACCAGAGACUGUUGGAGUUACAGGAAGCUUACGGACGGACCCAAGAAAGAGAAAGACGACACCACCAAGGCAGCAGAAGCAAACAAUGUACCCUCUGAUGCAGAUCUCUCUAAAGGAAACCAGAUGAUCCUGGACACCAUGGCAACCAGCAAGAAGGGGUCAAAAGGCAUGGCCCCUGAUGGCCUUACCAUGGUGAAGUAUGGAGGAACAGUGAUUGACAUCGCCAACCUCUUAAAGCAGGUCCAGAAGGCUGAUCAGGAGAGGUCUAUGGCUGAGAAGAAAAUUGAAUCGUUGGAGAAACAGAUCGACACCCUCAAGAGUAAGGCCAGCACCAGCGAGGCGACCGUCACCAACGUGAGUGGCGAGCUGGUGGACGUCCAGAAGAGGCUGACCACAUCAGAGCGCGCCCUCAUCGGCUCGUCCACCCGCUCCAAGAAGCUCAUCGAUGUCAUCGGCACCGCCCAGAAGAACCUGGACGAGAUCAUGCUCAAGUUCAACGAGGUCCUCGAAGAGGCCCUGCUGCCCUCUACGAGCAAGGUCCCAGAGAAGGUCGUUGAGAAGGUCAAGGAGGAGGCCAAGGUCAAGACGGAGGCCAAGGUCAAGACGGAGACCAAAUACGCUGCUAAAGCAGAGCCAAAGAGCCCUAAAGUAGAGAAGUAGAUCAGCCUCCCUCGGGGUAGGGUCCGUUAUUAUUGCUUACCUGUAGUCAAAUGGAAAGGGUUGAUGCCCUCUUCAUCACUGUAAAGCCAUGUUUAGGUAGAGUACUCAACUGUCACCGUGCUCAUCAAAAGUAAAACUUUCUUUUUAAGGAUGGCUUUUCUUUCUUCAGAGGAAAUGUCACGUUAUUCAUUGAUGAACAGAGGUUUCAGUUUAUAGCCGAUAGACCAGGUUACUAACAUAUUCAAAUUUAUGGGUGAUUCUUUCCUGGGGACCUAGUGAUGAAUUUUAUUCCAUUAACUUGUCAUUAAUGAAUGAACUUCAAUACUCUGAAACCAGUCUGCAUAUAUAACAUGUUGCUAUGACAGGCAAGCCUCUCGCAUGCUCUCGGUUGUCGAGUGCAACCUUUCUUUUGAAAGUAUGCAUACAAUUUGAAUAAGUUAGUAAACCAGUUCAUUGAAAGAAACAUAAUGUUACAGGGUAACAUUGCUUGUACCUCCCAAAUUAGCCUCCUCCACGGAAAGGAGGUGCUGUAGUUAAAAUUAAUGCUGGCGUUUUCAUUGGACUUUAGUUGCAUGUAUUUGUAAACACUUGAAAUCAUAUUUUGGCUACUCUAGGCAGUUCACCACAUUCAUUUGAUGUUUUUCUUUUCUUUUCUUAAAAGUUGAAUCUUUGUUGAUUAUGAUUAUUGCAAGACAUUCCGAUUUUGUGUCUUUUUGUUUAAUUUGCUGGAGAUUGUAUCAAAGACGAGUGAAUUUGAAAUAGGACGCUGGGAGAAAUUGAUUCGUGAAUAGUCGUGAUUGAUUUUGUAAUUUUGUUACUCGGAAUAUGUUUGAAACAAUACUCAGAAGUUACAAUAUUAGCUUUAGUAACCAACCCUUCUGAACUGGAAUGAAAUCCUAUAUUGUCAUUGACGUAUGUACAAUACCCGCAUUUUACUGUUACACAAAUUUCCCUUAGUAUUGCACUGGUAAAAACAGAUAAAUAGGACUAUAACAAAAAUUGACCAAAAAUCAAAGUUUAAAACCAACAGUCAGUUUGCAUUUGAAUAAAACUCUGAAUAAGUAUCUAUCACAAACUGAUUUUUUUUUGUAUGUAUACAGUAAUAACAUGUGAUUUUUGUGGGGAAACAAUAUUUGGAAGAACAUUGUUUUGUUUUGUAGUUCAGCGAACGCUUAAUUUGGAGUUCAAAUGCAACUCUUUUUCAAUUCAUGUGUGCACCCAAAAAAAGUGGUUUUAUUUUGUGUAUUGAAUUCAAAUGAUUGGAUAAUUUCUCUAUGAAUAUGUAGGGCUGAAAUAAUACAAAAUCAUUUUGAGGAUCUUUGUUGUCCGAUAAUUGUAAUGUCUUUAUACUUUCAUGGUCAUCUUUCCCUCCGUAUUUGCACCCUAAAUUGUGAAUACUCAGAAUAAACGUUUGAAACGGCAUAUGUGCUAGUUCAUGGUCGGGGCAAGAUGAAUUUAUUCAAGAGGGACAUCAUUAAUGAAUUUGAUGUUUUUAUUUCUUGUGAGAUAAUAGAUUUUCUUCCUCUACUGUGGAAUUGAAAAUGAA